AUCAACUCUCCAAGUCUUAAUCUUUCAAAGAGAAUUCAACAAAAAUAAGAGAAAUUUCUCUAUCGUGAAAUAUGCAAAGCCUAAUCACUUGUGUUUUGAUUAUUGCUUUUAUUUCACCAUGUUUAUGUCAUAGGUGGAAUGUUGGAACCCAAAACACAAUUUAUAAUGUGAUAGAUUUUGGUGCCGUGGGAGAUGGCAAAACAGACGAUACACAAGCAUUUUUAAAAGCAUGGCAAAGCAUGUGUGAAGCACAAGGGACAUCAACUCUAUUAAUACCACCAAACAAAGUAUUCUUGGUGACGAGCAUGUUACUAAAGGGUCCUUGCGUCGCCCCAAGUGUUCAAAUUCAGCUUCAAGGGGUAAUAGUUGCACCUACCAAGGAUGCAUGGGUGGAAGGUAAUCUGAAUACUUUGAUUAUGAUCUCAAAUGUAAACGGUCUCACAAUUGAUGGAAGUGGUGGAUUAAUCGAUGGCUACGGUUCUGCUUGGUGGGCAUGCAAAUCUUGUCCACGACCAUCGGUUCUUAUUAUCAAUUCCUGCAAUUCUGUUAGUGUUACUAAUCUGAACAUGAUUAAUAGUCCAAAAUCUCACAUACACGUAAAUGGUUGUGAGGGUGCCACAUUUUCUCAUAUUAAUAUUAGUGCUCCCGGUGAUAGUCCUAACACUGAUGGAUUUGACAUUUCUACUUCCAAAAAUAUCAUGAUCGAAGAUUCAACUAUAGCCACCGGUGAUGAUUGUAUUGCCAUCAGUGGUGGCUCCUCCUACAUCAAUGUUACUGGGAUUGCUUGUGGACCAGGCCAUGGAAUAAGCAUUGGCAGCCUCGGUAAAAAGUUUGAUACAGUCCAAGAAGUUUAUGUACGAAAUUGCAGCUUCAUAAGAACUACAAAUGGAGCAAGAAUCAAGACAUUUCCAAAUGGAAUGGGUUAUGCGAAACAAAUUACUUUUGAGGAUAUCACCUUAGAACAAACUCGCAACCCAAUAAUUAUAGAUCAAGAAUAUCGUGAUUUAACGAAUCAAGCAGUUGAAGUCAGUGAUGUGACAUACAGAGGAAUUCAUGGAACAUCUCUAGAUGGAAGAGCUAUUACCUUAGAUUGCGGCGAGUCUGGUUGUUAUGGAAUUGUAUUGGAUCAAAUCAACAUUGUCUCUUGUUUAACAGGAAAGUCUGCUUCGUGUUUUUGCAAUAAUGCUCAUGGAACAGCUACAGCUACAAAUCCAAAUUGUACUUGCUUAUUACCAUGAAAUCCUUGUUACCCACUCAAACAUAUCUAUAAGUGAAAUAAUGAGUAUUAUCAUAUUACUUUUUCAA